AUGCAGCUGCAGUCUUUGUGCAGAAUGCAAUCGCCAAAUGAUCCAUAUGCUGCAGCCACCAAAGUUCAAAGUAAACCUCGAAGUGGACGACCAGAGCAUAAGCAGAUUGGGGCGAUUGCCAGUGCCUUGAUCUUGGGAAUCACUCUCCUUUUCCGCAACAAACAACUAACAAAGGUAGGCCGAGUCUUCCACAUGGAGGUUCAACAGAUUUCAACAGCAGGUACAGGGUCCCUGUAUAGUCCUCAGAGCACCUUUGAAAUGCCAUGGACUUGGAGAGCAGGUCUGCCCCUCAGUUCUGCGUUCCUCUCCAGCGAAAGAAGGCGAGCUAAGCGCAGCUUCGAAGCACUGAGGAAGCACCACUUGAAGAGCGAGUGGGGCAGAUCGAGGUACCUACUUAGCAGCUACCUAGCAGCUAUUGUAGCAGAUCCGAUCCACAUCAAAGAUUGGCUCCUCAAACAAGGAGGCCGACGCCUGGAGACCGACUCGGAAGAGACCCUGCGGUUGAAGGCCCGCAUCGAUGUGUUGGAAGAAGCCUGGGCCCUUCGAAGUACCACAGUGGGACAGAGGGCCGAGGAGUCCAUUGCGCGAGUUGAGGAGGAGGUGAAGAAGAUUUGGAGGGAGUUGUUGUCAAAGGAACGCAACCCAUCCAAAGAGUCUGGACACGUCGAGGCCGUAGCGGCAAGGCUCAUUGAAGACCUGAAGCAACGGCUUGAAAAGACCCAAAGCCAGGUGGCUGAGUUGAACGCGCUCAAACCUGAAGAUGUGGACUCCUUGAUGAAAAAGAUGAUUGAUGAGGUCGGUCAUUCUGUGAAGCUCUUGGGGGACCGAUGCUCGAAGCUGGAGGUGGAGCUUGCAACAAUGCAGGCGACAGAUGUAUCCUCUCAGGCGGAUCGGGAACGCACUGAACAGCUGGAGAAGAUGGUGGAUCUAUUGCUGCAGCAGCGGCGCCAGGAUCUGCAGGAGAGCCAGGCCAACUUUCGAGAGGUUGAAGCCAGGUUUCUUGAUCUAGACCAGAGAGAUCAUGCAGAGAAAAGCUGGCGCCAAGAAGCAGAGGCCAUUCGAAAGGAGAUCCAAGAAGUGCGCUCAACCCACGUGCCUUCACUUUUCCAACAGCAUAUGAAGGCCAUGAAAGCCAUGCAAGAAGGGCUUGCAGCAGUCCGUGCAGAGGUCAAGAAGCUGAGCGAAGUGGUUGAAGCUGUUCAAGCCUCAAGCACACCUCGCGCAGAGGCCCAGGCCGAUGGCUCCUCCCGGGAGGUCUUGGCAUUGAAGGCUCAGGUCAGUGACCUCCAGGAGCAGGUGACCCUUCUGGUGGUGAGAGGUUUGGAAGAGCGCUUUGCCAACUUGCGCGCCGACGUCUCGCGCGAGGCCAUCCCAAUCGGUGCUUGGCCGGCCUCCCAAGCAGAGCUGAGCGCUGAAAUGCAGUCCAUGCGUUCAGAGCGACAGGAGGAUCGAGGUCGGCUGGAGUUGUUGAGCCGGGAAGCAGAGGGUCUUGGACGCCAGGUGGUCCACAUCCGCCGAGAGCUAUCCCUUGGACCUAGACCAGAAGCCGCCGAGGAGCCUCCGGCACCUGUGGAAGCUUCCUCUAACGGUGGCUUGUUGGAAGGUCUCUUCUCGGAGACUCCAAAGGCAGCGAAAGGUACGAUUCGCAGUGCUGCGAAGAUGGCAUCCAUGGCCACUUCGCGGUCGCCACGUCGGGACGCCUAG